CCAGAAUUGCCCAUUAAGAACGGAGAUAAACUUCCAAGACACUAUCAAUAUCAAUGUCUAGCUCUCCUCAAGAGCCAUCUCGAAAUAGAGGCCGGCCUCGCAAGGCUUCAACCGCGACACCAGACACGGUACGACGAACCCAGCUUCGAGAAGCCCAAAGGGCCUAUCGAUCCCGGCAACAGUCGCUGCUUGCCACGUUGAAAUCUCGAGUUGCUAUACUAGAAGAUGCAUUCGGACAGCUUGGUCAGAUCAUGGAUUCGUUUGACUCUCGAGUCGUCAAACCAGGCGCUCAAUUGUCCCAAGCUCAACUAUUACAGGCUGUGAAGCUUCUGCAGAAUGAGAUUUCCUUCCAAUUAAGGAGGGCUGGUUGUCAUGCCUCGCCCAAUGAAGACAGCUGCAGUCCAACUUCCCAUAAUCAGAACCACCAACAGACUAGGAACAGGCCGUCUUCCAAGCCUUGUCAGGGCGACAAAGCAACUACAGGUGGCCCAGCAUGGACCAAAGAAAAGGCACAAUCGUCUGAUUUCUGGCGUCGCUUCUUGGGCUCAUCUAAUGGUUUUUUGCCACCGGUUAAGCCUAUUGAUCAUGAAUCCAGCCCUUGCAUUAGUCUUCCUUUGUCUAUAGAUCGUGAUAAUCACACUAUAGUAUACGCGACCACGACAUUCACACAAAGGCUCUAUCGCACCUCCGCAGAAAACGGAUACCGGUACCUGAACAACGCCACCGUGGUAGAUGAGGACAUGUUGCCGCAAUUUGGGCUUGUUUCGCAAUCCGUUUCGCGAGAGCAACUCCGAGUUUACUUUGGGCGAGUACUGCGAACGAGACCAUGUAAUCCAGUCUAUGACCGUCGAUUUCCAUUCAUAAGUCUUGGCGGCGCCGGAACGCACUUCCCACAGGCAACACAGGGCUCUCGUUCUCAGAACCUGCUUCCGUUUCGUACGACAAAUGGCGUGCUGGAGCUCCCCAGUGAUGAAGAGUGGUUCGAUGUCAAUGAUAUCGAAGGGUUCUUGAUCGAGAAGGGUAUCGUACUUAAGGAGAAUUACCUAGCCUCGGUAUUAUCAAUAUCUCGUAUGGACGGCGAUUCAAGCAUGACGCACAAUUUGCCACUUCAAAGUGGUAACAUUGUUGAUUCUUCUGGCCUGUUUAUACCUGAUCAAUCUACCCCUAGUAACAUGGUUAUGGUUCUUGACGAGGAUCCUGUCAUCGAUGGACUAAGUCGACUCUGUAUCUGUCUUGGUUGCGUUGCAGGAUUUCGUCGAUCCGAUGUCGAGACUCUGGUAUGGCAGAAUGUGACAUGGAAACCCGUCUGAUUAGCGGGCCGUACGAAUGUUUCUGAACAAGCGCUCCACGUCCAGAACCAAUGACGUACAGCUCAGUAUUCCUAUACAAUGUCCCCAUUCCUAUGACAAUUCAUGGAUAGUGAAGAGGAAAAGCAAGACUAUUGACAGAUAUAGAACCAACUUGUUUAUCUUGACCAUGCCCGUUGCGGUAUAACAGCGAUGUUUCCAUUUCGUCUUUUUCCAUAGUCGAUACGUCGAUACUCAGCCACUGGAACGACACGACGGGGAAUGACCGACUGUUCAACUAUGCUGACGGAAUUCCUUCGGCU